AAAUACGAAAUGAAAACCUAAAACCCUAACCCCUCCUGUACUAUAAAUAUCCGCUACAGGGUUACAGCGAAAACCCUAUUCGUUCCUGAUAAAGAAGGUAUCUCCAAAUUGAAGCUCCCUCGGAGAAUUGAGUGAAGAAAAAAAUGUCAAACCCAAAGGUUUUCUUUGACAUAUUGAUUGGGAAGAUGAAAGCUGGCCGAGUAGUGAUGGAACUAUUUGCUGAUGCCACCCCUAAAACUGCUGAAAACUUCCGUGCCCUCUGCACCGGAGAGAAAGGGCUUGGAAUGGCCGGUAAGGCAUUACAUUACAAGGGCUCGAAAUUUCACCGCAUUAUCCCGAACUUCAUGUGUCAAGGCGGAGAUUUCACGAUGGGUAAUGGGACUGGAGGAGAAUCAAUCUAUGGACAAAAAUUUGCGGACGAGAACUUCAAGCUGAAGCACACAGGGCCAGGAAUUCUGUCGAUGGCAAAUGCUGGACCAAACACAAAUGGAUCUCAAUUCUUCAUCUGCACCAAGAAGACACCUUGGCUUGAUGGGAAGCAUGUUGUGUUUGGGCAGGUUGUGGAUGGCCUUACUGUGGUCAAGGAGAUGGAGAAGAUGGGUUCUGACAGCGGGUUACCUUUAUCACCGGUUGUGAUCGAAGAUUGUGGUCAGAUAAAAGAUAAUUGAUUUCGGAAAGAUGAGGGGGAAGGCACUGACCAAGAAGUUGGAGAUAAGCUGAAGCUUUACAGCUGAUGGUAUAAUUAAUAUAUCCUUUAUAAAGAGCUAUUGUUUAGCUUCUUUUUUAAUGGAAAAUUAGAACACGAUUUCUGUAGAGAUACUCCAAACUUGUCUUUUGCACCUUGUGUUUUGGAUCUUUAAUGUGGAAAAUUAUCUUACGUUCUUCUCAGAUGUUUUGUUUGUUUGGUAAAUAGCUGUAUAAGCUCUUCUCUUGAAUGAUAAUGGUAUUUCUAUUA